AUGGACCGGAGUUCUUACUCCGAAAUCCAAGCGAGUGGCCUCGGUCCCAUCAGAUUGAAGGUUCAACGGAGUUACAGUUUUCUGAGAACAAAAACUGGGGCAGUAUGUUCCGUCACAAAAAACCAACCGAAUGUCUUUAUUGAGCUUGUUGGAAGAUGUUCAUCAUUUAGUAAACUCUUACGGAUCAUGGCCUACGUAAAUCGAUUCAUUCAAAGGAAGAAGCGUCAACGCGAGGUCGUCAUUUCGGCUAACGAACUGAAGUUGUCGUUUCUUAGGAUGGUCCAAAUACUUCAAAAGGCGGAGUUCAGUUCAGAAUACGUCAAGUUGGAGAAGUCUGAAUGUUUAAGCCCACAUCUACAACGUUUAAAUCCCUUUAUACAUACCAGCGAUUUAAAAGGUGUGACGUUCAACUUAGUCCGAGUUGGGGGGAGAUUGCUAAAUGCACCAAUUCCGUAUGAUGCCAAGUUUCCACUAUUACUGUCCUCAAAGUCAGAAUUUGUUUCGCUAUUUCUUCGCAACCUGCAUCGGACUCAUUACCAUGCUGGUGUCAAGGUGAUGGUUUCACUUUUAAGGCAACAGAUAUGGCUGAUCAAUGCGCGAGAAGCAUGUACGAAAAUUGUCCGUAGCUGCGUUAACUGUUUCCGGUAUAAACCAGUGCUGAUGAGCCAGAUAAUGGGCAAUUUGUCAGCCGAUAGGGUCCGAAUGGAGCGCCCCUUUCUAGUUUGCGGAGUAGAUUUUUGUGGUCCAUUUUAUGUGUACUUAAAGGUCCGCGGUAGACCUCCUAUCAAAACUUUUGUGGCCGUUUUUGUGUGCUUUUCGUCAAAGGCUGUUCACCUUGAACUUGUUGUCGACCUAUCCACUGACAGCUUCUUAUCCUUCUUUAAAAGGUUCGUCGGGAGGAGAGGGCUGCCGGAGAAAGUGUACAGCGACAACGAAGCAGCCGUCAAGUCCGCCAAAACACGGUUGCUGCGAGGAGUCGGCAACGCCAAGCUCACAACGGACGAGUUGAGCACCCACCUGGUCGAGGUAGAGGCGCUGCUCGAUUCACGUCCAAUCGCGUCGCCGGGCAACGAUCCCAACGAUGGAGAGGCCCUAACACCAGGACACCUACUAAUCGGGCAGCCUCUGAUCACGCUGCCGCAAGAAUCCGGCACAGGAGGAGUUUUCAGCAAGGCCAGUUGCGCGUAUUUGAAGCGGUGGCGAAUGCUGUCCGCUCUCAAGCAGCAGUUUUGGGACAGCUGGUCCAAGGACUACAUCGCCAGCCUGCAGCAGCGCAACAAAUGGAGCGUCGGAUGUCGCGAUCUGGAGGUCGGUUGCCUAGUGGUCGUUCACGAGGACAACGUGCCCCCGCAGCGGUGGCUAACAGGCCGCGUGGUGGCAACAACAGCAGGCGAGGACGAUAGAGUGCAUGUGGCGAAAGUUCGGACGUCAGGAGGCGUCAUCAAGCGCGCCAUCCACAAGCUGGCAUUGCUGCCAGUGCAUACUGCUCCUGUUGAGGAGAUCAAAGAGCCGGAGGCCUUCAACGGGGCCGGAAUGUUGGAGCAGUAAUUUAUGUUAAAAAGAAAUACUUGUAAUUUGUAAACUUAGAUAUGAAAUGUAAACAUAGCAGAACAGCUUACAUGAGAGCUUAAUUGUAGUUGUGCUCACUGGAUUACUCUUAUACUGAAAAGCUUUAUGCGCAGAGAAAAAUUUGGUAUGGCCCGUGUGAUUAGUCGUUUCGUGAGCAUAACCGUGAACCUUAUACAGUCUUAAAAUUGAAGUCGAAGCCGCUAGCUGCGCCCGCGCAAAUAAACGUAUUAAAAUCGAA